AUGAGCGAUCGUCUCGCGUUUCUCUGCAAGGUCCUUCGCGGCUACGCGGUCGAGGUCACGCUCACCAAGGAUACGUUCCAGGUGGUGCUCAAGAUGGCCGAGCUCAAGGUGACGACGAAGGGCGAACGCGCCGCCCGCGCCAAGCCCGUCGCGUCCAUGUCGUUGCGACUCUCCGACUUGGUCGCGAUUAAAGCGUGCGACGUGGGCAUGUCCGACCUCGCCGUCGGCCCGUCCCGCACCGCCGGCGACUUGUUCACCGACGCGGGCAUCUCCCGCGGCGAGAGGUUCGAGCGCGAGCUCGUCGCCUGGGCGCCGACCGGGGAUGAUCACGGGUUGUCGGACGCCGGCGGGCUCCUCGAAGAUCCCGCCAUGCGCUCCAACAAGAACGGCAAGGGCGGCUGGGGCGGGUCCGGCCAAUCCGGAGCCGGCGGCUGGGACCAGUUCGCCGCGAACAAGUCCAAGUUCAACGUCGACACCACCUUCGACGAGAACCUCUACACCACGUCCAUCGACAAGAACGCCGUGGGCAUCUCCGAGGCUGAGGCGGACCGCAUCGCUCGGGAGAUCAUGUCGCAGGGCUCCACCAACGUUCACGUCCAGGAAGAACGCGGCUUACGGGUCACCGCCGACUACGACGAGGAGGACCGAUACGGCGCCGUCAUCGGCACCGGCGCCGCGGCCGGAGGUGCCCACAGCGCCAAGCCGGCCGUUCCCAAGGCGCCCGCCUGGGGCGGAAGCGGCGCGGGCGUCACCGCAAUCACCGGGAAGGCGGCGCCGCCCCCCAAGCCCCACUCGCCGCCGCCGCCGCCAAAGGCGAAGGAUACCGACGAGAAGAAGCCCGCCACCGCGGACGGCGAGAAGCCCAAGAGCACGCUGAACCCCAACGCCAAGGCGUUCACGCUGAGCGCCAAGGCUGCGGAGUUCAAGCCGUCGUUCCUGACGAAGAAACCCGCGGCGCCGGCGGCGCCCGCGAUCCCCCCCGCACCGGGUGCCUAUCCCAUCGGGAUGCCCGGCAUGAUGCCCGGCAUGAUGCCCCAGUACCCGAUGGGCAUGCCGGGCAUCCCCCCGAACAUGAUGCCCCACAUGCCCGCGUACGGCGCUCCCCAGUACCGCGGCGCUCCACCCCAGCAGUUCCAGGGCGGCAGGGGCGGCCGCGGCGGCAGGGGCGGCCAGCAGAUGGGUGGCUUUUCGCCGCAGCAGCAGGCGGCGAUGGCCGCCGCCGCCGCUCACGCGGCGCACGCCGCCGCGAGCGCGGGGGUUCCCCCGCCUCCCGCGGCCCCCGCGCCUCCGCCCGCCGAGUCCGCGUAA